AAGCAUGACCGCUUUCUUCAUACACUGAAGAUGCUUGAAGAAGUGCAGCAGGUUCUGUGGCUGGUCAUGUUUUUAAGAAAACAAAGGUGCCAGCAAAGAUUAAAGAAUACAGGAGGGUUUCUGGUUAUGCUCUGGACAGAAAAUGAAGCUUGUGUGCAAAACAUAAACCUCACAGUUGCAGGUGCUGGUCCCUGGUGUUCUGGGAUUAAAAUGGAAUCUCUCCAAUGGGAUUUAAAGGACAGACCCUCCCUGACUAAAGCCAGGCCGGGCACCGAGCCGGACCCAGAACAGCUGUGUGCCUUCACCGAUCUGCACGGUUCUCUGCAGUUUCUGCUCUCCUUUCAGAAGACAGAUCCAAGGCUGUUCAGUCCAGAAGUGUGUCCACGUUUAGAGGCGUUUCUCCACAACUUCAGUUUGGCUAAUGCAGGGAUUACAAUCCACUUCAGUGUAAAAUUGGAUGAUCAGAUCUUCCAGCAAGUAUUUAGAGUGAAGAUCCAGAGUAAACUUGUGCAGACAGGUCAGCCACCACUGAGCCUGGACGUCGCCUGUGGAACACAGCCUCCACUUUGUGUGAAGAAAGGUGAAUGGUGUCAUGGAGGACACCCUAUCCUUGGAGAACGGUUACUAUUCAGUAUUCCACCAGCAGCAAUGGACCAAGGGCUGUUUGGGGAGCUCAGCCUCCAGCUCGUCACUUUACUGAAGCCUUGUAUGCUGCAGUACCCCAACCUGGCAACGCAACUCACCCGCAUACAAGUGUUAGUGUACAGCCCCAGUAAUGUUCCAGUCAAAAACCCCUCUGUCUUCCUCCAGCAGCUUCCUGAUCAUCUGGACUAUCAGGAACUGGGCCUGCGUGGACUUUACUGCUCCUCUGUCAAGGAUGCUGUGCACAGCGGUGGCACUGUGUACUCUGUUGAGCAAGAACACUGUGAGGAGCCAAAGGGAGAACAGAGUCUUGCCCCCGUGCAGCAGGAUCUCGUGUUUUUCCUCUUCCUGCAGCACAGCGACCCGUUUACCUCUGAGCUUGCCGACAUGAUGGCCACAGAGGAGAUGAUCGAGCACCACCUAGAGGAUAUUCUGAGACACAACAGGCAGGUCAUGAUGGCAGCGCUGCAGAGUGAGCUGAAGCACACACUGAAAGCACACAGUGGCAGAACCAAGGAUCAGGAAAAGCUGCACUCGGCUGUUGAAGUGAUUCUCAGUUCGGCCAUCAGUAUUGUGAGCUGCAGCAGCAACCUUGACUUCAGAGGUGCCUGUCUGAACAGCAUGAAGGUCUGUGACACUCAAGAGCUGUCAGCAUCGAUGCGGGAAUCCCUCAGGAGGGUGACAUCAUGGAAAUUCACUCCCAGGAGCAAGUGCUUCUCAGCUGUGAUGGAUGAGCAUCCUGUGAGCAGUGAGGCCACCAGAACAGAAAUCUGACGAUGCCUGCCUGAAUUUUUCUUAAAUAAGUUUGUUUUGCAUGAAGAUCAUCCAGGGAGUUUGUUUUACUGCAGUUAAGUAUGUACUGUUAACAUGUGUGUUAGUAGAGACAGCCAUAAAACAUUUACCUCGUUAACUUUAUUUAUGGAGUUUGUUGCAAAUAAUCACUGUUAGUUUUCCACAUUUUCCAACACUUCGUCUUAUUUAAAUUACAUUUGUUCUCAAAAUAUUUAAAAUGAAAAUCCUGUCUGAAUUAUUUUCCCUCUGACCCCUACAAAAACAAUGUGGUGUGAAGUUAUAGAAGAAUUGAGAGCUUUUCAUUCAAGCACAGAGAAAACU